CACAACGUUUAGUGCGGAAAAUUAUAGUGUUACUCUGUGACCGUGACCGUGACUGUGAUUGUGACUGCGAUUCAUUCAGCAAAGAGCAAAAGCAAGAGUAAAUCUAUUCGGUUCGCUCUUUUCAGACUCUUCGUUAUAACUUGGAUUUCGGUAACGAAGUCAGAGUUUUUUGAAAUGAUUCAAAGUUGCCCGCUACCGCCAAUUUAGGGCUGAGAGUUACGUAAAAUUAAAACUAAAAGGAAAUCAAAAAAAAAACCUAUUGGGAAGAGUUGAGGAGCAUCGACAAUAAUAAUAAUAAAUUGUGAGAAGAGGAAUAAAAAACCAAAAACCUCAACGUUAGAAAGGGGCAAAAACGCAACGCGCUCGAAUGCGUUACGUUGCGCAUGAAAUGGCGGCACGCAGUUCGCGCUACAUUGAAUCCAACCGCAUCACUUGCCAAUUGCUCUAGUCGCCAGCAAAAAGUUAUCAUUCGAGAGCGUUACAAAUUGCGCAUGAAAUGUUGUUGGAACACUUUAUGGCGCUGCUUGUGAUCAUGGGAUUAACCACAACAUUUGAUAAGCACAACAGGCACAAGCAACAUUUUGCUUCUUUGGCCACUGCCACGGAACUAUCCAAUAUAAUUCCUGACAACUACGAAGGCUAUGAUCCGCAAUUCGAUAACGCCACCGAACGUGAAAUAAUCGCCGCCUUGGGCACAACAGCUCGCCUACACUGCCGGGUGCGACAUUUGGGAGAUCGUGCCGUUUCCUGGAUACGCCAACGGGAUCUUCACAUCCUGACCAUCGGCAUUAUGACCUAUACGAAUGAUCAGCGGUUUCUGGCCCGACACAUUGACAACUCCGAUGAAUGGGUGCUCAAAGUCGUGUCUGUGCAGCCUCGCGAUGCCGGCAUUUAUGAAUGUCAGGUCUCCACAGAGCCCAAAAUCAGUCUGGCCUAUAAGCUAAUGGUUGUGACAUCGAAGGCGCAAAUCCUGGCCAAUCGUGAGCUUUACAUUCAGAGUGGCAGCGACAUCAAUUUGACAUGCAUUGCACCUCAGGCUCCGGGUCCCUAUACGCAUAUGCUCUGGCACAAGGACACGGAAUUAGUCAGUGACUCGACACGGGGAGGCAUACGCGUUGUGUCGGAACAGCAGAUGAAGACCAGCAAUUUGGUGAUAUCGCGUGUACUGCACACGGACUCCGGCAACUACACGUGUUCGGCGGAUAAUUCAAACUCUGACAGCGUCUUUGUGCAUAUCAUUAAGAGCGAGCAACAUGCGGCCAUGCAGCACGAAAUGGGUGUGAGACUGGAGGUGCCAGGAUUGUGGCCUUUGCUCCUGGGUAUCAGUCUACUUUUGGUUCUAACAAAUCUCCAUGCUCAACACCACAUGACUCGCCCAUUUCUUGUGGCCUAAGUCGAGUGGCAACUUAUGUUUGAUGUCUGUUUUCUCCAUCCGUUACGUUUUUACUUCCUCCUCCUUUAACCGCUAGCAAAAAAAAAAAGAAACCAAAAAACCAGAAUUGGAGAUGCCUUUCCGCCCCCUACCAGGCCACAAAUGUAUAUAGUAGCCACCUGAGAAAAGAGGAAGACCAAGAACAAGAAGUGAAGGUCGUCAUCAGUUUUGUGUGUGUAAAUAUGUAAAUUGUGUUUUUGUUUACCAGCCAUUAAGUAUUUUGAUACGUCGUAAUUAUAAUUACAAAUUAGGUCAAUGCAUAUAUAUACAUAUAUAGAAAACGA